CUGAAGUUUAUUGAUGAGAAACUUGUAACUGUGUUCUUUGUGAGAUUAUGUUUUGUGGUGGUUCUAGGCCUUGCUGUUUUAUUACUGGAGCUAGCCGUGGUUUUGGAAGAUCCUUGGCUGUCACAUUAGCACGCCAAUUCUCUAAUUCUGGAAUCGAAGGAAUUUUUAUCCUCGUCUCGCGUUCGGAAGAUGGGCUUGAAGAAACAAGAAAGAGAAUAAUUGAUGUCUGUGUUGGAGCUAAAGUUCACAUUAUGGCUACUAAUCUUGGAGAGAUGAGUACACUGGAAGAUUCCAUAAAAACUGCAUUAUGUAAGGUUGAAUCAUCCAAAGUUACACAUGCCUUUCUUCUGAAUAAUGCUGGGUCAGUCGGAGAUGUGUCAAAAUGUUUAAAGGAGGUUUGCCAGAAAGUUGAUGCAGUGGCAGAUUACUUCAACCUUAAUCUUACCUCUCCCUUUUUUCUUAUUGCAAAGUUUCUCCAUUACUUCAAGGAUACAAGGUGUACACUAGUUAACGUAUCAUCCCUUAUGGCUGUCCAAUCUUUUCCAUAUUUUUCUUUGUAUUGCACUGGUAAAGCAGCUCGAGAUAUGAUGUGUCAAGUUCUGGCUAAAGAGGAGCCCAAUGUAAGAGUGCUAAACUAUGCUCCUGGGCCACUGCUUACAAAUAUGUAUGAAGAGAUAUGCAGCUCAUGUGGUAAUCAGGAAAUCGUUGAUAUGUUUAACACCAGUAAAGAGCAAGGUACAGCACUAACUUCAGAUCAGUCUGCAGAAAAACUUGUGAGGAUUUUGAAAGAGAACACUUUUAUCUCUGGUUCUCAUGUUGAUUACUUUGAUUAAAAUGUCAUGUAUAAUGUGUUCUUAUACUUUUAUUUCAAGAUCUAGGCAUGGUAAAAAAUGUGGUCAUUUUACUAAAACAGAGUGCCUCUUCACAUUGUCUAAUCUGUGCGUUAGUCAGAUUAUGGAGUUAACUGGGUGUCCAGGGGGAACUAGCAGUGUUCAUCAGUAGCAGUUGUAAUUAUGGAAGUAUUCCAACUUUUUUAUUUGUGUCUUUGAUGACCAAAUGGGUCACAAGAAUCAUGAGAGAACUGGAAACUAGUGACAAAGAGCAGUACAUCGGGGGGAAAGUUUAUAAACAGAAUAAAAACUGAAAACAAA